GAAAAAGAAGGAAGCUAUUAGUUCUUGGUUGUUAAAAAGUUUCACCUCUGCCAAUACCAGAUUAUUUGGAACAAAUACUAGAAGAUGCCUAGAUCACGGAGGUCAAAGGUCGUUACCCUUUCACAGACCGAAAAGAAAGGUCAUGAAGGCAAAGCAAUGCUGUUUGGCGGCAUUCAAGAAUCUUUAGACAAGUUUGACUUUAUGUGGGUAUUCGAUGUUGCUAAUAUGCGUAAUACUUACUUGAAACGUGUCCGCGAUGACUGGAAGGAUAGUCGUAUAUAUAUGGGUAAGACAAAGGUUAUGGGAAAGGCUUUGGGAUACACCGCUGAAGAAGAGCACGCUGAAAAUGUAAGUCAACUUUCCAAACUCCUUCAUGGAACUGUUGGUUUGCUUUUCACCAACAACAAACCUGAAGAUGUAACUGGCUAUUUUGAAUCGUUUGUCCAAAAUGAUUUUGCUCGUGCUGGCUCAGUUGCUCCUUUCACUUUAGUCAUUCCCGCUGGUCCCGUAUACUCUAGAGCUGGACAAAUUCCAGCAGAAGACGAUAUCCCUUUGGCUCAUACUUUGGAGCCCCAAGUACGUCAAAUGGGUAUGCCUACUAUAUUGAAAAACGGUGUCGUUACUUUGCUUGCCGAUUUCACUCUUUGCACAGAAGGACAAGAGCUUGAUAGCCGUCAAACCCGUCUGUUGAAGCUUUUUGGUAUCACAGCAGCCGAGUUUAAGGUAAAAUUACUGGGUAUGUAUACCAAGAAGGACGCUUCUGUUCAAAUUUUUAAAAAUGAACAAGAUUCUGGCAAUAGCAAAGAUAUGGACAUGCAAUAAAGUGUUAAUUUCUUUUCUUUUGUAUCUACAUCUAUCAAUAAAAAGCAGCUGGGACACGUGGAUCCUUUUUUCACCCAAAGUCGGUUUUGCUUGUGGGUUAUUUUUGCAUCAAGUUUACUUAUUUGGAAUUUAAAUUCAGCAAAUGCUUUUUGAAAAUUUAAUUUUGGAAAAAUGGAUUUUUAGAAAAGGAAAAAUAAACUUAUAUGGAUAGGCAAACAGUCUGCUGGAGAAUUCAGGUGCUUUUAAUUUUUACAAGCACUACUCUUAGCUAGACUAUUUAAUUUCUCGGGAUAUUAAGGUAUUUUAUUGAAUGGUGUUUUUUGAAUAAAUAGAGAUGAGUCGUUCUCCACGGUAGAAAAGUG